CAGUAUUACAAAAAUUUAGUUUAUCCCCUUCCUUUAAUCCAUUCUCAUUAAUUUUUCUAUUUAGCACUUUUUAUGUCUGAUGGUCAUUAGUACUUUUUAGCUUCUCCUCCGCCUUCUUCUUCAUCAACAUAUAUCAACAGUGACUUGGUAUUAUUUUGGGAUUUCUUUCUUUCUUUUUUUUUUACUGAUACAGAUAUCUUUCUUGAUGUUACAAUCUUUCUUUGAAAACCCCAAGUGUUUGGUUCAAUGCAAGUCCAUGAUCUCCCAUGUAACUCCUCCGUAGCUAAUCCCCUCUCCGAUCCCCACUUCUCCGCCACCGCCUCAGUCGUAGCCAUGGCCUCCGACCCGCAACCCUCCUCCCCUUCUCCGAUCCAUUCCCCAAAGCACCACAAAAUUUCCCAAAAUAACGGCAAAAAAACCCAAAGUAAUAAGAGCCCACCUCCUCACCACAAUGAUACAGUUGUUAACUCUUCUGCAACUCCCAACGCCAGUAACAACAAUAAUACCAGUAAUACUAGUAACAACAAUAACGGUAAUAGUAAUAGUGUUGUAUUUAGGAGAGAAAGGCCCUCCAGGGCAUGUACGCAGCGGGCGGCCGCCAGGAUGCAGGCUGCGGCCGCUGCUGAGGCUGCUGCGGCCGAGGCAGAGAAGAAGCAGAAGAAGGCAGCUUUGAGGAAGGAGCGACUGGCGGCCCGGUUGCUGAGGGAGGAAGUGGAGGAGCAGGAGGAGGAGGUGGAGCAGCAUGGAGAGGAAGAGGAGGAAGGCGAUGAUACCCCUCUGGGAUCAUCGAGGAAUCAGCAAUGUAGUAAAAUUGUGACCCCUUUAGUGGGGGAACCGGAGCCCUCGCAAUUGCCGCGGUGGAACAUUCGUGGGAUGUGGCAGUUGGCUUCUAUCUUGAAUUUUUUGAAUGUUUUUAGGCCUUUAUUGAAUAUUAAAGUGGAGUUUUCAGCAGAGGAGUUCGAAACAGCUCUCAUUACGCCGAAUAAUACUCUUGGAGAGAUUCAUAUUCCGUUAUUGAAGGUUGGUGCAUUUUGUUGUUUGGAUGAAAAGCUUGUGCCUUUUAUCCAACUUGAGUUUUUGCGUGAAUUUCUGGUAAUUCUGGCCCUUGUGGCGAACUUAUUUUGCAUAAAAAUUGCUAGCCUCUUUUUUCGUUGGAACUCUGGUAACAUUUAAUAGUAUAAAUUCGUCCAGUGGUGUCUUUGGGAUACUUCAUUUAGUUUCAGAAAUGCAUUACCCUACCUAUAUUUUGGUCGAAUGAAAAUAUUUUCCUUGGUGGAAUGCAAUGUUGCAAGAUGGGUAGCAACUAGUCAAAUUGAUUGUAGGAGCUUUAUAUCUAUGGCUUAUAAGCAAUCAAGUCUCAGAAUUAUGUGUGGGCAUAAAUAAUGCGAGGUAUUUCAGUUGCUUCUUUAAGUACUGCAAUUCCGGUAAAUCAAGCCAUCUGAAUAACAAAGUUUGUUGCUUUUUUGAAGUUUUAAAUUUGUGGAGGUCAUAGGUAUGGUGAAGAGUUUCUUAGCAUGUAGCUGUAAUGUGGAGAAUCAGAUUGGAAUUACCUCUCAUGGUUAGGUCUACUAUGGGGCAAACUCAAAAAAAAAUUUCCAGCCAGUUACACGGACAAUGGAAUGCACAUUUGAUAGGAAAGUUAGUUUUUCUUCUAGGGCAUUGUGGUGAAUAAUAUUGAGAAUCUGCUCCAUAACCUGUUACACAGCUUAACAACAUAGGACGGAAAUCUACAGAAUACCUUUAUUGACUGGUAAAAGUGGAAAACAAUAACCUGAUAAAUUAUCAGCUCAUUACAAUUGGGGUGUGAACUAAAGGUGCUUUGUUCAUUUUCCUCCAGUUGUAGGUUUGGAUUCUUAGAAACUAAUUUAUUCCACUAGGAGUUGGAUACUUUUUAAUGCAGGAUAUUCCUACGUUUCAGUUAGAGCUUGAUUGUUUUACAUGAGAAACCUAAGGUUCUCUUCUCCCUUUCUCUUCCUAUUCUCCUCCUUCUUAGACUUCCUCUUCCAAUCUCUACACUAGUUCCAUACUAUAUAUAUUUCUAGAUGCUGUUACUUAUAGGGCAAUCCUGUGGCAAGUAGGUAGCUUUUUUAAACACAUGGUGGCCAAGGUGGUCCACAGAGCAUCUUCUAUGGUGCCUGACCAUUGCGACUUCCACCAAUUGCUGAUCAUUUGACUUCCUGCAUGGCUGUACCUUGAACUCUCAUGGCUGCCCCUUAAAAUCAUUUGCUUUCUUAGCCACCAGAUUCACUGUAUUUAAUUUAAAAAAAAAAAA